UAAAAUUCAAAUGACUUAGGAGGAGCAAAACGCUUCAAAAGUUUCAUUUUAUUCAAAAAGUGCUUUCCCGGGAGUAGUUGGUUGCAUCGACGAGACUCAUGUUCGCAUAACUUCACCAAGAAAAGAAGUGUAACAACUUUAUCUUAACAGAAAGGGCUACUACAGUUUAAACGUGAUGAUUCUUUGUGAUUAUAAAAUGUCUAUUCGGUAUGUGGAUGCUAGGCAUGCAGGCGCAAAUCAUGACUCUUUUGUUUUCAAUGUUAGCGAUUUGAAUGUGCAUUUACAGAACAACAUACAGAAUAACAUUUGGAUCUUGGGCGACGCUGGCUAUCCUCUGCACAAAUUUUUAAUGACGCCUUAUCGCUUGGCGGAAGCUUCUUCACCCCAAGCACGCUACAAUACAGUACACUCAAAGGCUCGGAAUAUUGUAGAGCGGACAAUUGGUGUACUCAAGAGUAGAUUUCGAUGUCUUUUAUCUGUACGAGGCUUACAUUACACUCCCGAAAAGGCUACGCAAAUUGUGAAUGCUUGUAUUCGCAAUAAUAUUAUGACUUUCCUCUAA